AUGGGUUACGAAAUAACCCGCUUUGAGAGUUCGGUCGACGAUGAGCUCAUUUGCUCCAUAUGUGAGGGAGUCCUACAAAACCCCAUACAAGUGGUCACGUGUGAGCACGUAUUCUGCUCGGACUGUCUGAACGACUGGCUCGACAAAGGCAAGCAUACCUGUCCACUGGACCGGGAAAAGGUCAAUCGGGACGACUUGAAAACGCCAAGAAUUGUGUCCAAUUUGUUGGCAAAGUUGAGUAUUAAAUGCGAUUUCGCGGGCUAUGGCUGUCCAGUGGUGGUACGGCUCGAGAAUCUGGCCAAACAUUUAGCUCAGUGUGCGUUCAACCCAAACAAACCCCUGCGUUGUGAGAAGGGAUGCGGUCUUAUUCUGGCCAAUCGGGUCGAGUUUGAUGAGCACAACUGUAUGGAGAAGUUGCAUACCCUGGUCAGGGGUCAGAGUGAGCAACUGGAGGCACAGCAGCACCAGAUCAACGAGUUGAGGGACGCCUUCAAGAAUGAGAAUAAGAAGUUUGACGAGGAGUUCAAGAAAAUACAACAAUUGGUCACUAGUUUUGAGUUCAAGCUAUCGGUUGAACAGAAUAAGAGUCAAAAAUUGAUGGAUUGUAUGUCAAACUGUGCUAAAGAGAUGCAAAGUUGUCAGAAUAAAUUUAAAGAAUAUUCUGGUAAUAAUCGGGUUAAGAGUGUUUGCAUACAAUUCAAAGACAGCUCUAUAGAUGUAGACCCGUAUCAAAGAAUCGGCGAAAUUAAACAGAAUUUAAUGAAAUUAUUUAAUAUAAAGAGUGGAAAAUUGAAACUAUUUAACGGUUCCAACGAAUUGGAGGACUUGAAGUCUAUAAUGGAUUACAGUGUUGAUAAUAAGCCGGAUCAGAGGCUAUCGCUUGUCCAGUGCGAUGAGGUGCAGGUGUUUGUCAAGAUUCGGGUCAUGAACUCCAAGGAGAAUAUGAGACACCCGUAUCUCAACACAGAUUUCCUGCCAAAAACAGUCGCCUUAAGAAUGGAUAGAAACGGAUUGAUCGGUCAGUUGAAGGCUGAGAUUAAACUCAUUCAUAACAUCCAGAGUGAAGAGGUGUUGCUAACGUACGGCACCAUUACUCUGGAGGACGAGUUUGAUCUGAAGUACUACAACAUCACCGACGGAUCUUUUAUCAAUUAUUACGCCCACUUGUAG